AUGUCGUCCCAAACCCAACAAGCGAUCAACUAUCGCUCUCCUCGCAUUUUGACCCAAAUUGGAUGGACAACUACGAAAGCCCUCAGAUUGGCUUGUAUCAAUGCAUAUGGGGACGAAGGUGAUGUCGUUGCUUCCAUUGCCCAUGUCGCUUGGAAGAUCUUCGUUGGCAAAAUCCCAAAGACUGCUGCAUAUCGGCACCUAAUAGCCAAUGCACAACAAGAACUGGAGAACAAUGCUCAAGGAGAGUGCACUGCGUAUGGCGAAUGUGCAGCAGAUGCAAAUGGACGUCCGCUGCAAGCCGCUUUUCGUGUCCUUCAACAGAAUAGUACGGAUGAGCCCAUACCUAAUGUACAGACUCAUAUCGUGCUCGAAAUGCUCCUCAACGAAGACACAUUUGAGUUCCGCGCCAUCCUCCACUCGGAGGAGAUUUCCGACGAGGCUGGAAUAACAGUCCUGCGCGAAUUAACAAACAUAAUGCGUGAGAUCAUCGACAUACCCGAAGCAGCAGUAAGAUUGCCUGCUAACAGUACCGAUAGUGACCUUACCGCGAGCCUGUUUCCAAACCUCACCGGGAAGAUCCAUCACCGUGGACAUACCGUCAGCCUUGACGCAGUUUCGCACACUUCAUUCAUCAUUAAGGACUUGGACGGCCACCUCCGAGCCCUCGAAACCACGCCUGAAACGCUCGGUAAAGCCGCUUGGGCAAAGCUUCUUACUCACUACACUGGGGAAAACGAGGCUGAAUUCGGGUUACUUCGGGGUGACAACGACUGUAUUGUCCCAGUCCAGCUUUCUCUAGAUGAGAUAGACAACAAUGUGGCCCUACUGCAAAAGCUGAUGGAACAGGAGCAGGUGGCCAGGAUAGACUUAAUAGAUCGUAGAUGUGAGACCCUGCUGCAGUAUGGAAGGACGCCCACAGCUAUCAAGUCUCACGGGACUAUCCUCCACUUGAUCAUGCACCCAACAGAUGAAAUCGAUCAGUUCAAGCUCACCGUUCAUUAUAAUGAGAAGCUGUUGCCCCGACGACAAGCCAUGUUGCUGCUUCAACAAUUUGAGCACGUCUACCGCGGAAUACUAGAAAAUCCCUCCGCCCCACCACUAGAGCUUGCUGACACAUUUACAGAGGACCUCCUGUCCAUCACUAUCGCAACAAAUCCAAACGUCAAUACAGAAUCGGCACCAUUCCUUCACUCAUUCUUUGCAGCUACCGCGUUACGCUGCCCGUCAAAUGUAGCGCUAGAGUUUAUCACGUCCAUGUCACCAUUCUCCAUACAGUCAUGGACGUACGCAUCCCUCGAGAAGGAAUCAAACAAACUCGCCAACCUUCUCAUUACGGCUUACAAUGUCCAACCUGACGACAUUAUUCCCAUCUGCAUGGAGAAAUCAGCAUUCAUGUACAUAUCGAUUCUCGGUGUGUUGAAGGCAGGGUGCGCAUAUUGCCCGAUCGACUGGCAAACUCCAGUUGAACGAGCCCAAUAUAUCCUCGAAGAAACCAAGGCACAUGUCAUUCUCAUCUCCGGCGACGGACGCAAGCUUGCCUCACACCCACAGUUUCCCUCUGACGUGGUCGUGCUGCAGCUGGAUGACUCUGCGUCGCCAUUCCACACGUCGCCGGAAACCACACCACCGGUUCCGGCACUUUUGACACACCACCUUGCAUAUGUCCUUUACACCUCAGGUACAACUGGACGCCCGAAAGGCGUAAUGAUCUCUCACGACUCGGCCACUCGAUCAAUCCAAUCGCAUUGCGCAAUGGUUCCUUGCAGGAAAACAAGUAAAUUUCUCCAGUUUGCAGCAACUACGUUUGAUGUGUCAAUAUUCGAUAUGUUCUUCACUUGGAGGAAUGGCAUCACACUAGUAGCGGCAAAAACGGAACUGAUGCACAGGGACCUAAGUGGGGUUGUCAGAAGUGGUGGCAUUACACACUUGGACUUGACCCCAACCGUAGCCGGAACUCUCCGAAAGCAGGACGUUCCUGGCCUGGAAGUAUUAUUCUGCAUCGGCGAGGCGUUAACUCAAAAGGUUGUUGACGAGUUUGGGUCUGCAAAUGGAACCGACUGCACGCUUCUGAAUGCCUACGGGCCAACAGAAGCAGCAAUCUCAUGUACGAUCGCGAACGUCAAGAAAGAUGCUGGUACUUUGCCCGCAAAUAUCGGUACACCGUUUCCGACUUGUUCCAUCUACGUCAUUGCCCGAGGGAGCUUAUAUCCGGUCCCCAUCGGUUGUAUUGGUGAACUUUGUCUCGCCGGCACACAGCUGGCGAGGGGAUACUUGGCCCGUCCCGACUUGACAACUGACAAAUUCCUCACCUUUCCGUACAAUGGUGAGCGGAUAUACCGCACGGGGGACCUGGUACGACAACUAUCGGACGGAACAAUCGAAUAUCUUGGCCGAAUUGACGAUCAGGUGAAAUUAAACGGAUACAGGAUAGAGCUGGCGGAAGUCAAUUCUGCUCUGAUGCAGGCAAACAACGGCGUUCAACAAGCGGUAACGAUGGUGCUGAGGCAUCCUAGUUGGAUCCGUGAUCAAAUGGUCGUGUUCCUUUCUCUCAUUGGUGAAAAGCGGCCUGGAGAGGCUUGCGAGUUCUUGAAAACUUUUGGAAGAGAAUCCACUCUGUCGAAUGCUGUGUCGUUGGCAAAAAACUUGCUAGCACCAUAUAUGGUCCCGAAUAUUUUUCUGCUUGUCAGCAAAAUUCCCUUGGGGACGGCGGGGAAGGUCGACCGUAAGUGCUUGAAGCAAAUGUUCUUAUCCUUGUCCGCGGAAGCUCUCCAAGAUAUGCUUGGAGGACACACGUCAGAGGUAGGUGUGAAUGAAAAAUGGACCGCCGAACAACAUUUUCUUCGACAGAUAAUUGCAGAGACAGCUGCAGUCCCACUGCACACUGUUGAAAAGGACACGACGAUAUUUCACGUUGGCAUCGAUUCAAUCGGGGCAAUGCGUUUCGUUGCACGGCUGCGAGAAGAACGCGGCAUUGAGAUGUCCAUAAUCGAUGUCAUGCAGAAUCCGACCGUCGCCCUCAUGACCCAAUUCAUCGAUAAUCGGGAAUUGUCAUGCGCAAAAGUUCAACCACCAGCGGCGAACGAAUCGCAUGUUCUGGAAGCGUUUGCGAGUCGUGUGCAAGAAAUCGUGUUCUCCCAAUUGAAGGGUGUAGUGCCGGAUGCUGUGAAAGGGAUAUAUCCCUGUACACCUCUCCAAGAUGGUCUUCUGUACGGAACGCAAAAGACGCCUGGUGCCUAUUUCACGCACGAGACGUUCACACUUCACCCCAGCGUAGACCUCGAGACGCUCCAAAGAGCCUGGAUGGCUGUCAUUGACAAUAACGAUAUCCUACGCACUAGUUUUUGUCAUGUUGGCGAUUCCACAGCCACCUUUGCCCAGAUUGUUCACCACAGUGUCAAAAUGCGGUGGACCUCCCGUAUCGUACAGUCAAAGGAGCUGAUAGCUAAAGUGCAGAAAGAUCACAUAUCCACCUUUGGAAGCUCCGUAUUCACCGCUCAAGACGUUCCAAUGUCUUUCGUGUUGUUCGAGUGUGGGGACAUCAGGUCUCUUGUCUUGUCCAUUCAUCACGCUCUAUUCGAUGGAUGGUCCUUGCCACUUAUUUUGCAAGAUGUGCAAACGGCUUACAGCUCGUGCGGCAGCGAUCUACCAAAGCGACCUCCAUUUUCAAGGAUGAUUCCGCAUCUGUUAGGGGACAAGCAGCCCGCAAACAGCAGAAAUUUUUGGACCGACGCGCUCAGCAAUGUCCGGCCAGUUGCAUUUCCUGGCCUCUCGCAGACGACUGUCUUUACACCCGGCAGCCAUACAGUCACCCGCAAAGUCUCGACAUCUCUGACUGAAGUAGAGCGCCUAUGCCGCCAAGCAGGCACAUCCAUUCGGGCGGUGGGACAAGCAACUUGGUCCAUCCUCCUCUCUGCCUAUCUGGACACACCGGAUGUCACAUUUGGCCAUGUUGUAUCAGGCCGGACCCUCGAUGUUCCCGGAGUCGCUCAAGUUAUUGGGCCAUGUCUGAAUACUGUUCCAUGUCGCCUGCGUAUCGACCAAUACAAUAGCAUUCAUGAGCUGCUACAGGAUAUCCAAAGGCAAUAUGUGAAUAUGCUUCCAUACCAGCAUACGCCAUUAAGAUCUAUACAGAAAUGGUCUGGUAUGGCUAAUGGGCUAUUUGACACCAUAUUUGUGCUUCAAAAGACCGAUAAUGGUGGACACGGUUACGAGGACGAAAUAUGGAACUGGGUUGACACAGUUGAUGAGGACGAGUAUGCCAUAUCGAUAGAGGUCGAACCCAUUGCCACCAAUGAUACUGUUGUAUUAAAAGCCAUUUGCAAGAAUGCCCUUUGUUCUCAAAGUCAAUCCGAACUUUUAGUCGCCGAGUUCGAAGCCAUCAUGCUCGGAAUUCUUCAACACCCUUCCAGCAAUCCAAAUCUACUGCACCAGUUGAACCUGCCGGGAUCCGUACUAUCUAUCAGCCCAAUGGCGCAUUUACCAGAAACAUCUCGGACUGGUGCCCUCUUCAUGCAUAGCUUCGUGGAGAAUCAGGCGAACACCAAUCCCACUGCUGUGGCUGUGAACUUUGUUUCGGAGAUCACGAAAUCUGGGGAAGCUCUCGGAGAGGAAUAUACUUAUCAGGCAUUGGACCGUGAAGCAAACCGUUUUGCCAAUCUGCUACUCGCGAAGGGUCUUACAUUGGGUGCCGAGGUGUCGCUCUGCGCGCCAAAGUCUCUGUCAUGGUUUGCUGCAUUGCUCGGAAUAUCCAAAGCCGGAGGCGUUUACGUUCCUAUCGACCAUGAGGCACCUGUGGAUCGGAAGCGAUACAUCCUCAACGACGUGGGAAGUAAAUAUGUUGUCACAAUUUCGUCUUUGGAGGUUGAAUUGAAAAAGGUGGUACCUCUUGAUACGGAAUUCAUUAUUCUCAACGACGAUCAAACGAGAGCCCAUCUUUUUGCCCAGUCAGAUCUUUCGCCUUCAGUAGAACUCACGCCUUCGGAUCUCGCAUAUAUUCUUUAUACAUCUGGGACGACCGGCAGACCAAAAGGCGUACUAGUAGAGCAUGCUAACGUAACGCACAGCAUCGAAGCCCACCGUCACCUUAUCAAAUGGCAUCCAGCAGCUCGGUUUCUGCAGUUCGCGUCAUGCUCUUUCGAUGUAUCCAUUUACGAGAUGCUCUUUCCCUGGAGCGCGGGCAUGUGCGUGUGCGCUGCAGAUAAAGAUCUUCUUCUCAAGGACCUGGAAUUGGCGUUCCGUGCCAUGCAUAUCACACACGCAGAGUUAACCCCGAGCGUCGCUUCAAUGGUUAAACGACAAAACGUGCCGCAACUGGAAGUGCUGCUUACAGGGGGCGAAGCUUUGACUCAGAAUGUUUUGGAAGAGUGGGCAGAUGGCGAAAUGUUGUAUAAUGCGUAUGGUCCUACCGAAGCAACAAUUGGGUGUACAAUGUUGUGCGGAGUUCAGAAGUCCGCAAAAGUUUCGAACAUCGGUCGUCCUUUUCCGAAUGUUUUUGCCUGCGUAUUACCGGUUCAUGGCGAGCGCCAUCCGGUCUUGAAGGGUGCUACCGGCGAACUUUGUGUGGGGGGUCCGUUGGUGACCCGCGGAUACCUUGGCCAACCGGAGUUGACGGCGGCGAAAUUCAUCAAUUGGUCGCCAGUAUCAUCACCGACCUCUAUCGAACGCCUUUACAGGACGGGGGACCAUGUCCGUUUGAUGGCAGAUGGCACAUUGGAGUUUUUGGGUCGUGUGGACGAUCAGGUCAAGAUCAACGGCAUCCGGAUCGAGCUGGGCGAAAUCAACAGCAGAUUGCGGGCUGCGUCCAAAAAUGUCAUCAAUUCCGUCACAACGCUAAUAGGACGUUCUGGUGCUUUUAAGAGUGAAUUGGUCGCUUUCCUCGUGAUGGAUACAGCUUUCUCAAAGGAGUGCGAGAUUAUCCUGUCGAAUGAGAAGUUCAGAGAAAUUCGUGAAAACAUUGUCCCGGUGUUGAAGCGAGAGCUUCCUUUGUACAUGGUUCCAAGCUUCAUUCUUCCUAUUACCGCUCUUCCUCUAGGAACGACGGGCAAAGUGGACAUAAACCGGCUGAGUGCGCUGUUCCAGAAUCUUUCGCCAGAAGCUUUGCACAGUUGCCAAGCGCCGGACGACAUAUCUGCAAAUGAGAGCUGGACGGACUUGGAGAAGGUUAUACGUGACGCGAUUGUCAACCAGCGAGAAAUCACAGUCCACCUCGUUAGUAGAACCAGCACGAUUUUUGAGCUCGGCCUGGACUCUUUGAGCGCAAUAUCGUUGUCGGCCAGUUUGCGGAAAAAGGGCCUCGAGUUAUCCGUGUCUGAUAUCAUGCAGCAUCCGACAAUUUUGGAGAUGGCAAAGUAUUUGGAAGCGAGGGUAGACACCGGAGGACGCGAAUCCAUCGAAUUAUCAAGCUCAUUGGAUGUAUUCGCCACAUAUGAGGAGCAGAGUAGGAAGCUGGCGGCAGAGAAUCCUUCCUUGGCCGGAAAUAUCGAAUGUGCCUAUCCAUGCCUUCCACUACAGGAAGGAAUGGUGGCGGAAUGCAUGAAGUCUGGCGGUGCAUUGAACAUCAACGAAAUCACGUUGGACCUAGAACCAUGGGUUGAGUUUGAGACGCUGAGGCACGCUUGGUUACAGUUGCAGGAGCAAACUGAUAUUUUGAGAACUGCUUUUUUUGCCAUGAGCGAUGGCAGCUACGGUCAGGCCGUGCUUGGCAGCAAUAGUGGUUUCAUAGCUUCUUUUGAGACGAAAUCUUACGCGAGUCAGCCUAGUCUUUCGAUACUCCUAGAACAACAGCGAAAUCAAGUGGUCCAAGACAUGUACAACAUGAAGCCACCAGUCAGCGCAUGGGUGCUUCAAAACGAGAACUCAACGAAUACGAGAUUGUCUAUUAUAAUUCACCACGCGUUGUACGAUGGUUGGAGUUUACCAUUGCUCCUGAACGAUUUCAAACGACUGUAUCAUGGUCAAUGCGCUCCUCGGCGCCCGCUGUUUCGUGAGUUUGUUCGUUACGUGGAAAAUAUCGGGCACACCCAGGAGGAAGUGUACUGGAGACGAAUAUUACAUGGCGCAACGAGCUGUCAAUUCCCCGACCUUAGUGGGCGGCGCAAAGAUACGGAUGGUAGUCCCCAUUCAUGCGAAGCUUCCAGACAUCUGAGCGCUACCCGCUCAGAACUUGAAACCGCGGCUCGAGCUAUCGGCGUUACUGUGCAGGUGUUGGUUCAAGCUGCGUGGGCCAAAUUACUGUCGUACUACGUAGGCGAACCAGAUGUGACCUUUGGACAUGUUAUUUCCGGCAGAACGGCUCCUGUGAGCGGAGUGGAGCAGAUUGCUGGACCAUGUUUCAACACCAUUCCAUGCCGUGUGAAUCUCAGUGACAGAAAAUUGACGAACAGGCAAUUGCUGCAAUCAAUUCAAACCCAUAAUUCCACGGCCAUAUCGCACCAGCAUGCAUCUUUGAGGUUGAUCAAUAGAUGGAUCGGGGCGUCCACCGAGCAGCCACUGUUCAACACAAUUCUUAUAUAUCAGAAGACAGAGGGAUGUUCCGCCGAAGAUAAUUUAUCUCAAUUGUGGAAAGAGGAGAAAGAUGGUCAAGUUGAAAUCGACUAUCCUGUCUCGGUAGAAGUAGAGCCUCUUGCAAAUAACAGGCUUGCUCUUCGCAUAUUGUGCCGUAGCGAUGUAGUUCCAGAAGAACACGCGAACUUACUGGCACGACAGCUGGAAUCCGUUUUGCUAGAUUUGACACUCCGACCAGACGGAGUUGCCGCGGAUAUCCCAUUUGAUGAGCAGGAGGUCGUUUCUAUCUCUAACCCUACUCCAACCGUUGUGUCUGGCCUCCUUCACGGAGCCGUUGAAAAAUAUGCAGAAGAAAGCCCGAAAAAAAUUGCCCUCGAAUGGGCGAUGUCGAUAUCCGACACCACCAUCGAUAUGGAAACGUGGACAUAUGCAACCUUGAACGAGCAAGCAAAUAAGAUUGCGCAUCUUUUGCUGUCGAAAGUUCAAAGCUGUGCAGUUGUGCCCAUCUGCUUAGACAAAUCCCCCCUCUCCUACAUGGCAAUUUUGGGAGUGCUCAAAGCUGGAUGCGCGUACGUUCCUCUCGACCCAGCACUCCCGCUUGACCGACGGCUGUUCAUUGUGAAAGACACGAAGGCACCCGCAGUACUUACCACUAGUCAAUAUGCUGCAGCGCUUCAAGGAGGGAAAGCGAUGGAUUCGUCCUUCGAUAUCAUAUCCCUGGAUUCGGUAGAUCUUCAAGGUCAAUCCGCAAGAAACCCCCGAGUUGCGACAAAUCCUUCGGAUCUCGCCUACAUACUAUACACUUCAGGAACAACCGGUCUACCCAAAGGCGUCAUGGUCGAACAUGGCAGCGCAACAGCGUGUUUGCACUCAUUCCAGAGCAUGUUACCGUGGCGUCCUGUAUCACGUUUUCUUCAAUUUUCAUCGUUCUCCUUUGAUGUUUCUAUUUCAGAAACAUUCAUGCCGUGGCUCGGGGGCCACACGGUGUGCACUGCAAGUAAAGAUACCCUGCUGAUAGACCUAGAGCAAGCCAUCCGCAUGCUGAAGAUUACUCAUGCUGAUCUGACCCCAACGCUGAUUACCCUUCUUCAUCGUGACCGCGUACCAGAUCUGAGAGUUCUCAUUACUGGGGGCGAGAUGAUACCGCAAAAGAUAUUGGAUGAGUGGGCCGGAUUGAACGAUAUAUCUCUGUACAACGCGUACGGCCCAACGGAAACGACGAUCAAUUGUGCAGUCAACCGACAAGUGAAGCGAUCCGCCAAACCUGCAAACAUCGGACAGCCACAGUCGAGUUGCUCCAUUUACAUCUUGUCGCAAAGCCUACAGUGCAUUCCAAUCGGUGGAAUUGGGGAAUUGUGCGUCGGCGGGAUUCAAGUCGCUAGAGGAUACCUAAAUUUGCCUAAAUUGACACAAGACAAGUUUUGCACAUUCCUGAAUCCUCUUUCUGGAAAAGAGGAACGUGUGUACCGAACGGGAGAUUUGGCGCGAAUGCUACACGAUGGAAGCAUCGAGUUCAUUGGCAGACUUGACGACCAGGUCAAGCUCAACGGUCUCCGAAUCGAACUGGAGGAAGUGAAUGCAGUACUCUCAGGCUCUGAUCCUAACAUUUCUAACGUUGCUACGCUGGUUUUGAGGAGACGCGAACAGCAAAACCAUCAACUCGUUUCUUUCAUUGCACUCGGAAAUGAAAGUGGCGAUUGCAAGAUAAUUAAGGGCGACUUGCAUGCGAAGGUAUUAGAGAAUGCGACGGAUGCCGCCGCACGAAAGCUGCCGGCAUACAUGGUCCCGACACACAUUCUGUUGAUCAAUACGCUACCUUUGGGCAAGACUGAUAAGGUGGACCGCAAAGUCCUCGCUACCCUUUACACGGACAUCCCCUCGGAAGUCCUGGAUUCAUGGGGAAGCCAGAAUGGAGCCGAUGGAAUCUGGUCCGACGAGGAGAGUCACAUCAGGGACGCUUUGGGAGAGAUAGCAAAUGUGCCUUCAGAUACGAUCAGUCGUCAUUCCUCCGUUUUCCAGUUGGGACUUGAUUCAAUCAGCGUAAUUCGCUUGGCAUCGUUGUUACGAAAGCACGACAUUACAUUGACAGUGUCUGAAAUCAUGGGGAACCCGUCUAUAGCACGUAUGUCUCACCAUUUAAAGCAUCGUCAGAACGGGAUGGAAUCAAGACGGCACAAUAUUGCUCAAGCGAGGAACAUGAUCGCAAACUUUGAGAAGCAAAUCAAGCCUGCGUUAUUGGCGCGCUCGACGCAGGAGCAGAGCGAUGCGAUCAUCUCUGUUUACCCAUGUACCCCGCUUCAGGAAGGAAUGUUGGCCGGUACAUCGAAAUCGGAUGGCUUGUAUAUCAACCACUUUGUGUUUGAGCUGGAAGAGCACACCGACUCAGAACGCUUAUUAGAAGCCUGGCGAAAAGUCAUCGAGCAAAACGACAUUUUUCGCACCAGCUUUCAUCUCACCAAUGAUGAAACCUUUGUCUAUGCCCAGGUGGUUAAUGAAAAGGUUUGGAUGCCCGUGAAGAACAUUCAAAUCCAGCACGGCGGAGAUUUCCCCGCCGCGUUCGAUGAACAUACGAAAUGCAGCACAGCGACAAUAGGAGAUUUUCGCCGACCUCCACUUGGAUUUGCCCUCGUACGAAGUCCAUCUCAAGCCUGGCUCAUCGUUUCUAUACAUCAUGCUCUCUUCGAUGGUUGGAGCUUUUCUCUUACCCUCACGGAUGUCCAGGCGCAUUAUCGCGGAGUACCCCCACCUUUGCGACCUCAAUUUCGAUCAUUCGUGGAGUCCACUGUGGGACAAGUUGAGGACAAAUCUAAGUUGUUCUGGCAGGAAAGGCUAGCCCGGGCAAAUAUAUCUGAAUUUCCAGAUAACCUUCAUGGGAAGACGUUCAAAACCCACGAAGCCAGUGCACCUCAAUUGGUGGAAAUCUUUUCAGAAAUUUCGUAUGGCGAAGUUGCAACACGUUGUCGCGAGAUGGAAGUCAGUGUUCAAUCAGUAGGACAAGCGGCCUGGGCUCUCCUUCUGGCUGCGUAUCUUGGCCAGAAGGAUGUUAUAUUUGGCCACAUUGUCUCCGGCAGAUCAAUUCCUGGCUCUGCAGCUGUCAUUGGCCCAACAUUGAACACCAUCCCAUGUCGCGUGCAAGUGGAUAAGCAUGCAUCGAAUCUGGAUCUUGUUCGCCAUGUACAUCAAUUCAACAUUGAAGCCAUCCCUUAUUACCACACAAGCCUGCGGGCAAUCAUGAACGCAUUGGGAAGAAACAAAGAUGCUAAACCAUUGUUCGAUACUAUCUUCCUGUUCCAGCAAUCGCACCAAGAAGUGCAUACGGACGAAACUACGUUAUGGAAAGAAAUAGCCGGUCAGGCAGACGUUGAUUAUGCAGUUAGCAUCGAGUUGGAACCUAACGAUGACGUCUUAGUGCUCCGCGCGGCAUGCAGGCCGAGCCUGAUGCCCGAGGAUCAGCUGAAUCUUCUCUUACGCCAACUGGAUAUGAUUCUCAGGCAUAUCAUCCAGGAGCCGCACGGAAAGAUUGGCGAUUUUAAAACACCGGCGCUCGAUCUCAUGUCUAUUCAGCCGCGAAAGAUCCCCGACUCACUGGUCCAGAAAAAGAGACGAUCCUGGUUCUGUCCGCGGAACUUCAAAACAAAUCACACCAUCGAUACGAUGCAUCAAUUCAUCGAGAAGCACGCAGCCGCUUCACCGCACCGGAUAUGCUUGGAAUUCGCUUCGUCGAUCUCGAAAUCUGAAAUCCAUAGUUGGACCUACCGUGAAUUCAAUUCCAAAGCGAACAAACUCGCACGUUUUCUGCGCAAUUGUGGCGUUACCCGCAAUAUGUUGGUGCCGAUUUGCCUCAAGCAAUCUCCUUGGAUGUAUCUGGCUAUCAUAGCUGUUUUGAAGGCUGGUGCUGGGUAUGUGCCCGUCGACCCGCAAGCACCGGCAAAACGGAAGACAUAUAUCUUCUCGGAUGUAGACGCGAGUUUCGUUCUUACUUCCCCAGACAUUGCAGAUAUUAUGGAGGAGCUUGAAGACGGGACACCGAGGCAAUAUAUCUGCGUUGAUGAUUCUAUCGAGGGUAGACUCAAGACGCUAUCAAGUUCGAACCUGCCCAAUAAGGUUACCCGAAAUGACCUCGCGUACGUCAUCUACACCUCGGGGACAACAGGGUUGCCCAAGGGCGUCAUGAUCGAGCACGGCAGCGCUGUAGUUGCAAUCGAAUCUUUCCAACGGCUAAUUCCAGCUGACCAGCACGCGCGAUUCCUUCAGUUUGCCUCAUUUACAUUUGACGUAUCGAUUUUCGAGAUGUUCUUCGCAUGGAGUAUGGGACUUACUCUGGUAACAGCGCCGCGGGAUGUGCUGUUGGCUGACUUAGAGUUGGCAAUGCGUGUGCUCAACGUCACACACGCAGAUCUAACUCCAACGGUGGCCACAUUAAUUCGACGUAGUGCUGUACCAUCAAUUGAGCUUCUGGUGACAGGAGGAGAAGCCUUGAGCCAGCAAGUCCUAGAUGACUGGGCUGGUACUUUGUAUAAUGCAUAUGGCCCUACUGAAGCCACAAUCGGGUGCGUGCUGAGGCCAAGCGUAUCAGCCGAGAUCCGCCCAACCAACAUUGGGCAUGUAUUCGACUCGUGCUCCGCUUUCGUCUUAUCAGAGGAUCUGAAUGUUAUACCACGCGGUGGUGUUGGUGAGCUAUGUAUCGGGGGACCGCAGGUUGCUCGAGGUUACUUGAAGCGACCGGAUCUGACAGCGGAACGGUUCGUUUACUUGCCCUUGGCAAAAGAGAGGAUUUACAAAACCGGGGAUUUCGUUAGAAUGUUAGCCGAUGGCUCCAUUGAGUUUUUAGGACGACAGGACGAUCAAGUGAAGCUCAAUGGAUUGCGUAUAGAAUUAGGCGAGAUCAACUCUGUCAUGUGCAAAGCACAUCCCGACAUCAAAGACGUGGUCACACUUGUGCUCAAGCACCCGCAACUGCAAAGAGAGCAGUUAGUCGCCUUUGUCGUCUUGAAGAGUGACUAUAGGACGGCGGUGGAGCCUAAGAUUAUUGGUUCCCUUGCGACAUCUACAAUUUUGAAGGAAGCACUCAAAGCUGCUAGGCGAGCACUACCGCUUUACAUGGUGCCGGCUCAUGUCUUUUUGACAAGCCUGAUUCCGCUCGGAAACACAGGAAAAGCGGAUCGUAAAGCUCUCUCGUAUCUGUUCUAUGACUUGGACGCGAAUUCACUCCAAGCGAUGCAGGUGCCGGACAUCGAUCGUCCUUGGAGCGAACUUGCAAGAGAGAUCCGUCGCUGUCUUGCACAGGUCGCACGCGUACCAGUGGAAAUGAUUGGACAAGACUCAUCCGUUUUCCAGCUCGGCCUAGACUCGAUUAGCGCUAUUCGUCUCUCAUCGGAGCUGAAAAAAAGCGGGCUGAACAUUGGCGUAUCUGAAAUCAUGCGAUGCUCAACAAUUGCUUUAAUGGAGUCGCAUGUGCAAGAUAGCCGUGACAAACACCACGAGGACGUCCAACUGAAGAGGGAUCGCGAAGCAUUUUUGAACAAGUUUGUCGAGCGCCACCAACGCGGACUCGAUGUUGAUCUCAAUGAUGUUGUCGCAAUCUAUCCCUGUACGCCGUUACAAGAAGCCAUGCUAGUUGAAACCCUAAAGUCCACCAAACGCCCUUAUAUCAAUCAUAUUCCGUUUGAUCUGCAUCCAAGUGUGGACGUGAAACAGCUUGUUGAUGCAUGGCAGGCAGUCGUUGCUGCGAAUGAUAUUCUCCGUACAAGCUUUCACCCUGUCGAAGAUGAUAGGUACGGUUAUGCCCAAGUUGUUCAACGGGGAAGCACGGUUCAUUUCAUGGAGCGGCACCUGGAGCACGACGAAGAUCUUCAAACCGUUAUUAAGGAGCAGACUGACGUGAUAUUUAAAAAUGUGCGAGAUCUACGACGACCACCUUUGGGCUUUGCCUUAUUGCAGGGACCGAUUGGUACCUGUUUGUUGCUUUCGAUUCACCACGCUCUAUACGAUGGCUGGAGCUUGCCGCUGAUCUUACAAGACGUGAGGCGCAAGUACAAAGGAGAACCCCUUUCAGACCGACCCCAAUUUGUCACUCUUGUGAAGAGUAUUCUGACGGAGUCUGAAGAAGACUCCAAACGGCAUUGGCUAGCACUGUUGGAUGAUUGCCAUCCGUCUAUUUUUCCCACAACCCUUUACGGGACCCAUGCACCCUCUGAGUCUGAUGUAUCAUUUUUUGCGUCGAGAGUGUGUGGCGUGGACGCUACCGACAUAUCAAAAAUCUGCCAGAGUUUGGGUGUUAGCAUGCAAGCUGUUGGACAGGCUGCAUGGGGACUUCUCCUUGCUGCCUAUCUAGGCGAAGACGAUGUGGUUUUCGGUCAUGUUGUAUCUGGACGAUCCGUACAAGUGGACGAUGUUGGCGAUGUCAUUGGCCCUGCGUUCAACACGAUACCAACACGAGUAAAGCUUGCGCAGUGUCGGACGUACGCAGAUCUCCUGCGUGCGAUUCACGCUGCAAAUGUUUCGGGAGUGCCUUUCCAACACACCCCGUUGAGAUCCAUUGCCAGGUGGACAAGCCAGUCAGCAUAUGGUUGGUCCUUAUUUGACACCAUCUUUUUGUUUCAAAAAACCGAAGAUAGUUCGGAAAGUGGUGAACCGUUGUGGGACAUUGCCGAAGGCCAUGCGGAAGUGAAUCAUGCGGUCAGCAUUGAGAUGGAGCCCACCGGCAAGAUUCUCCAUCUUCGCGCAUCCUGCCAGGCUAAAGUCAUGCCGCAUGCCCAUUUGACGAUGCUCUUAGAGCAGCUUGAGCGGAUUAUUAAGCGAAUAAUAUCGUGUCCGGAAGAAAGUGUUAGAAGCUACGGUAUGAAAAGCACCUCACAUCUGGCAUCAGUACAUGAACAAAAGCGCAAAGUGAAAACCUCAAGCAUAACUACCCUGCACGGUUUCCUUGAGCACAAUGCAUCUCGUCUCCCCACCCAUCCCGCUCUCGAGUUUAGCGCUCCUGUUUUAGCCGACAACUGUGAUACUACCAUUUUCACCUAUGCUGAAUUAAAUCGCAAGAGCAAUCAACUUGCUCACUACUUUAUAAGUAGAGGAGUAACGGCCAACACCUUUCUACCCAUCUGCCUUGAGAAAGGAAUAUGGAUGUAUUUGUCGCUGCUUGCUGUCUUGAAAACGGGUGCGGCAUACGUCCCCACGGCCCCGGAGAUUCCUCCUGAGAGGAAGGAGUACAUUUUCAAGGACGUAAAUGCUCAAUUCGUGGUCGCCACUGAGCCAGUGUCGACAGAGAUUACGUGCGGCAAUCCAGACGCGACAGUACUUGUCGUUGAUGAUCGGAUGACAGAGAUUCUUCGAGAGUUUCCUGACACGAAUCCUGCUGUUCCCGUUUCGAUAUCCGACCCUGCGUAUGUCAUCUACACAUCUGGAACCACUGGUGUUCCUAAAGGAGUGGCUAUUCAGCACGACAGCGCAGUUGAGGCAUUUACUUCAUUCCAAGAACUCAUUCCUUGGAAUGCUACCUCACGGUUCCUUCAGUUUGCGUCUUUCACAUUUGAUGUAUCAAUUUUUGAAAUGUUCUUUGCUUGGAGUACCGGCAUCACUUUGGUUUCAGCACCAAAAGACUAUUUGCUGGCUGACUUAGAGCAAGCGAUGAAGAAAUUGAGAGUGACGCAUGCAGACUUAACGCCAACGGUCGCUACGAUGAUCAGACCUGACAACGUUGCUCUUGAUAUACUCGUAACUGGUGGCGAAGCGUUGACGCAGCAGGUCUUGGAUGAUUGGGCUGGGAAGGGCGUCUUAUACAAUGCUUACGGACCAACGGAAGCAACCAUUGGAUGCACCAUGCGAAAAGUCGAUUCUAAUACGAGUCCAUUGAAUAUUGGCAUGCCAUUUAAUUCCUGCUCAGCUUACGUGUUGAACGGCCCCGAAAUCCUUCCCCGUGGGGCCAUUGGAGAACUCUGCAUAGGCGGCCCUCAAGUAGCUAUGGAGUACAUCAAUAAUCCAAGUCUCACCUCUGAAAAGUUUGCCAUCUUGCCGGCAACCAACGAACGCAUAUACCGGACUGGGGACUAUGUUCGUAUGCUCGCAGAAGGAUCCAUCCAAUUCUUGGGGCGGCAGGAUGAACAGGUCAAAAUGAACGGUCUUAGGAUUGAAUUAGCAGAGAUCAGUUCUGUCUUAGCAAAAGCCGACGCCGCAUCAAUUUGCGACGUUGUUACGAUGGUUUUAAAACAUCCGGCUCAGGAAAGGGAUCAGCUUGUUGCUUUUGUGAGCUUACUUCCGGGAAGGGAUGAGACGGAGAGUUUGCUCGCUGAAGAAUGUAAAAUUAUCGGUUCGGCGUUCGAGUCUCCAGUGUUGAAAACAGCGAUGGAGAUAGCCGCUCGAAAGCUUCCCAUUUAUAUGGUUCCGGGGCUAAUUUUCUUGGUGAACAAAAUUCCCCUUGGAAAUACCGGCAAGGCGGAUCGGAAAAAGUUGGCACAAAUAUAUCAAGGAUUAGACAUCACCUACCUGCGGUCUGCCGGCGCCAACGAAGAAUCAGAUGAUAAUUGGACGCAGACGGAAAAGGUGAUUCGGCAAUGUCUCUCGGAGGUAUCAGGGGCUCCUUUGCAAUCUAUCACCCGACACAAUACGUCCAUUUUCCAACUUGGACUUGACUCCAUCAGCUCGGUUAAGUUAUCUUCAAAGCUCAAGAGCCAUGGCAUUGUUCUACCUGUACCCGACAUUAUGAAAUUCCCCACCGUAGCUCGACUAUCGAGUCGGCUGUCGGAAUUUAAUGCUGAUUUGGAAAAGGAGAAAGUGGAAAUGGCCCAAGCUGCAAAGCGUGAGAAGAUUCUUGUGGACUUCGACGCAAAGUUCACGCCUGUUGUUCUGGAAGAGUCUGGCUUGGAGGAUGGCGCUGUGGCUGCUGUCUAUCCUUGCAGCCCGUUACAGGAAGGAAUGAUUGUCGAGACCUUGAAAUCCGAAGGGAGGCAUUAUUUGAACCACGCCAUUUUUGAGCUCAAAUCAGCGGUGGAUGUGCAGAGGCUGUUGAAUGCAUGGGAGUCGGUCAUUCGAGCCAACGACAUCCUCAGAACAGGUUUCUAUUCCGUUGACAGUCCUUUAUGCGGCUAUGCGCAAGUUGUUCUCUUGAAGUCCAAGAUGCAGCUUACCGUUGAGUAUCUCUCCAGGAAUGACCAGUUGCGGCCUGCGUGCGAAAGGCACAUCCAAAAUGUAACUCGUUCGAUGCUCGAUUUACGCCAGCCACCAAUUGCUUGUGCAGUGCUUCAUGCUCCCCAGCAGAAGUGGCUGGUCGUGACGCUUCACCAUGCGUUGUACGAUGGUUGGAGCUUGCCUUUGAUAUUAGACGAUGUUCGAAAAGCGUACAUGGAUCUGGAGCUGACAAGGGUGCGACCACAAUUCAAAGAACUUCUGAAGUAUAUCUUGAUGGAUUCUCGAGUGGAUGCCCAAGAACACUGGAGCAAUGUCCUCACGGGUUUUACACCAACGGUGUUUCCAGAUACCCUGCUCGGUACCGCAUAUAUAUCCGGAACAUCCAAGACCUCCACCCAUUUCGAAUCGAGGAUAACUGAAUUGAAGGUUGAAGAAGUGGCGGCCGCGUGUCAGACACUAAAUGUCAGCAUGCAAUCAUUUGGGCAAGCGGCCUGGGGUCUGCUCCUGGCUGCCUACACCGGCGAAGCCGAUGUCAUAUUCGGGCGAGUGAUAUCUGGUCGCUCCAUCCCCCUUGACGGAGCUAAUGAUGUUAUUGGGCCAUCCUUUAAUACGAUCCCCUGUCGCGUCCAAACGGAAAAUGUCUCCAAUGCACAGUUGGUCACCGCUGUCCACAAGGCAAAUAUUGAUGCCAUUCCCUAUCAACACACUCCCUUGUCGUGGAUUCUAAAAUCGACAGAGAAGAAUCGCGAUGGCCUGCCGCUGUUUGGAACACUAUUUUUGUUCCAAGUCGGAUCUGGUGAAAAUGAAGAUGACGAUCACCCACUCUGGACAACGAUUGGAGGAGAGGCAGAAGUGAAUUAUGAUGUUACCUUGGAAAUUGAGCCGACAGGCCCCAAUUUUGCGGUCAGAGCUACAUGCAAAACCUCCAUCAUGCCGACAUCCCAUCUCUCUACUCUUCUGCUGCAGUUCGAACACAUCCUCACAAACCUUAUCCGAAAUCCAGAUCGCCGCCUUUUGCCGUUGGAUGAUCCGUUGCCUGACAGAAUGAUGUCCAUCAUACCGCGGACUCGCGACGCCAACGUUGGUGGCAUGCUCACCGAUCAACCACUCUAUCUGCAUACAUGGGUGGAACAUAACGCCCAAUCGCAGCCCGAUGCGAUGGCGUUACAAUUUGCGAGAAGCACGUCGCUAACGCAAUAUCCAGAAAUUGAGACAAUUACAUACGAUAUGCUCAAUCGGAAGUCCAAUCGUAUAGCGCACUUCUUGAUUUCUCGCGGAAUUCGUCCCGAGACCUUUGUCCCGCUUAGUAUGGACCGGUCUCCUUGGAUGUACAUAUGCAUUCUUGGGGUACUCAAAGCUGGAGCAGCGUACGUUCCCAUGGAUCCUGAUGCCCCACCCGAGAGGAAACGGUUCAUGCUCUCUGACGUUGGAGCAAAAAUUGUCCUCACAACUGCAAGUGAUGCAAUGAACCUCAGGACUUGCUGUCCGGAUGAGAUAGAAGUCAUCUGUGUUGAUGAGUUGGACGAUCUCAUCUCAACAUACCCACAGACAAACCCACAUGUUGAAGAGUUCCCUCAGUCAACGCUCGCAUACCUGAUUUACACUUCAGGCACCACCGGGACGCCAAAGGGCGUAAUGAUCGAACACCACUCUGUGGUCGAAGCCAUUCUCUCUUUCCAAGAACUUAUACCGAUAAGUGGAACUGCCCAGGCACGAUUCCUCCAAUUCGCUUCAUACACUUUUGACGUGUCGGUUUUCGAAAUGUUUUAUACAUGGAGCAUGGGAAUGGUAGUUGUGAGCGCGCCAAAGGACGUGCUGCUUACCGAUUUAGAGAAUGCUAUCCAAAUCCUCGGUGCCACCCAUGCAGAUUUGACCCCAACCGUAGCUGCCAUGGUGAGGCCGGAAAAUGUACCAAGCUUGAAGGUGCUGGUGACGGGAGGCGAGUCUCUGACCCAGCAUGUAGUUGAUGCGUGGACUGGAGAUGGAGUCACACUUAUCAAUGCUUACGGACCGACCGAAGCCACGAUUGGCUGUACCAUGUUUGUCGGAGUCGAGUCUACCACCCAACGAAAUAAUAUUGGACAAGUGUGGCCGUCUUGCUCGGCCUAUGUUGUCUCCACAUCACACGAUCUGCUUCCGCGCGGUGCAGUUGGAGAAUUAUGUGUCGGCGGUCCACAGGUUGCCCGAGGAUACCUCAACCGCCCCGAUCUCACUUCUUCAAAAUUUAUCCAGCUACCUGCUGGCGGGGAGAGAGUAUACUGCACUGGCGAUAUUGUGCGCUUACUUCCAGACGGAUGCGUACAGUUUCUGGGACGGCGGGAUGAUCAAGUUAAACUAAAUGGAUUGCGCAUUGAACUGGGCGAAAUCAAUGCGGUAAUUACAAAAUCGGAUCCUUCUAUAACGGACACGGUUACAAUGGUAGUUAAACAUCCGAAGCAAGUUCGAGAUCAGAUCGUUUCCUUUAUCGGAUGCGACAGGGAUGUUAGGCAAAUCCAGAUAGACAAGUUCGAGAACAUGCUGCUGAAAGAUGACGAUGGAACUUCUACCAAACUUAUUUCAGCUGCGUUGCAUGCGGCGCGACGUCACCUGCCGGCGUACAUGGUUCCCUCGCUCAUCGUUCCACUGACUGGUCUGCCGCGAGGGGCAACUAAUAAAGUAAACUCGUCUGCCCUUGCCCGAAUGUUCAAGAAUUUGGAUUUCAAGCUGGUUGCCAGUCUUACGAAGCAGAUGGAAGACAGCGACGGCGGCAUUUCGGGCGAUCUUGCCGAAACAACUUGGACAGACCUGGAGAGCGCCAUCCGGAAUGUUUUGGCCGAAGUCUCUUCACUCUCUCUGGACGAAAUUACGCUGCGAGCCUCAAUUUAUCAUCUUGGAUUGGACUCCAUCAGUGCGAUUCGCGUAUCGUCCAAGCUUCGUGGAUUGGGUAUUCACAUCAGCGUUGGAGAAAUACUUCGGCAAAAGACCAUCAAGAACAUUGCCGACUUUUUAACUGAAAGAGACAGACUUCCAGAAUACAAACAUCAACCUGGUGCUACCCGGUUGAUGGCGCGUGAACUCGUCAAAAACUGGAUUGGAGAAGAUUUCCUCAGUAUUGACCUUCCCAACCGGUUAUCGACAUCAAUGCCUGCCGUUGCAGGCGUAUAUCCAGCGACGGCGGGUCAAAUCUUCACCCUUUCCUCCUGGCAUAUGUCCCAAGGCAGAUACUUUAUGCCAUCCUUCAUCUUCACAUCGCGCGAUGCUAUUGAUGUACGCCAGCUCGAAGAAGCGUGGAUUGCACUCUUGAAGCGUCAUGAGAUCCUGCGCACCGGUUUCCUUUCCACAUCCUCACAAACGGCACCCUUUGUGCAAAUUGUGUUUGCUGAUCCAGUCGUAAACUGGUCGUGCGAAGCUUUUGACAUACCAUUGGAGGAGAAUAUCGUUAAAGAGCGUGUCGAGUACGAAAAAAUGCAACCUGCGGUGGUUUCUUCACCUCCUGUACGCCUUCAUUGCAUGGCAUUCCAGGAUCGCGCAGCUUUGGUGCUUACCAUUCACCACGCAUUGUAUGAUGGAUGGAGCAUUCCGCUUCUUCUUUCAGAUCUUUCGACCCUUUACCGCAAGCAGCCAUUGGCGGAACAUAGUGUACGCUGGUCCGACUACCUUGAGUACGCUUUCGAGACACGUCAAUCAAUGGAUAAUAGCCCUCAGCAAGAAUAUUGGCGUAAAAUGCUGGAUGAGACAGGGACAGCCUUCUUCCCACAUUUGAACGCCUCGUCCCCAAAUUCGACAGACACUGCUCUUUAUGUGCCCGUUGCAAUCCCUAAUGCUGCAAAAUAUACGUCAGCGUGCCAGCGGAAAGGAAUCACCCUUCAUUCCCUAUUCCUUGCCGCCUGGGGACAACUUCAAGCCAAAUACACCAAUGCCAACCAUGCAUUAUUCGGACUUUACCAUUCCGGACGAUCCAUUGGUAUCAGCGACGUUGAUACCCUGCGUGGUCCGUGCGUGAACGUCCUUCCCUUCCAGGUCCGGAAUGCAAGAACAUUGAGUGUGUUGGAUUGCGCCAAAAAUGCGCAGGACGAGUUGGCAAUGCAGAAUGAAGCAGUGCCUUGCGUGUCGAUGCAUGAUGUUCAAGUGUGGAGCGGUUAUCCAGGCCAGCCAAUCGUUAAUGUAUUUGUUAACUUUUUGAUGUUUCCAAAUGGUGGAAAUGAUGGAGAUGAUGCGAAAGUGGAACUUUUUAAGGCAUGCCGGAUGCGAGACUGGGAGACACAAAAUGCCCCAAUACCAGCCUCUCACAAAACCGGACUCGACGGAUGCCUUGCAGCUCCUCUUCAGAAUGAUAUUGAUUUGGAAGUCGCUGUUCACAAUGAUGUCAUCAGUUUAGGUCUUUACUGUCCCUCGCAUGUUAUGUCUAUGGAUCAGGCGGGAAGCGUUGUAAAACAAUUAUGCGAUAGUGUUAUAAAUGCAUUAGAUUAGAUCGUGCACGGCUCCAAGCUAGAUAUCUUGGAAUUUGCGACGUAGAAUAGAGCAGUUUUUUAUGAUAUAUGCAUAUCAGUAUCUUUUCA